AUGAACACUAUUGAUUCAAUCCUUGAGCAGCGAAAGCGCAAGGGCCUGCUGGAAUAUCUGGUUCGUUGGAAGGGUUCCGGGGAUGACGUGAAAGGUGAAACCUGGGAGCCAGCUAAAAAUCUAGUCAACGAUUAUGCAAAAGCUGUUCAGAGCUUCACAAAAGGUGUAAAGGCUCAGAAGGCAAAAAGAUCCUCAUCCAGAUCCAGCAGAGCAUCACGAUCCAGAUCCAGGUCGUCAUCUCGGAGUCGUAAGUCGGGUCGGGUGAAAGAGGAGGCCAGGUCUCAGGUGCAAGUGGAAGAGCGGCAGAAAGCAGCAGUAGCUGAAGCAGAGAGCUCACAGCCAACUCGGAGUUCCAGAAGCCGAGCUAGGGUUACCGCACCUCAGACCACCACAAACUCGCUGGCAACAGCUCAAGUCGCUAGCAAGACAGAGUUACAUACACACUCAAACUCAGUCGGUCAAGGAAAUCAGUCUGACAACAUGAAAACCCAGCAGGAACUCGAAGUACAGCGGGUUCAUAAUGAACAGCGCCCUGUUCGCGAGGAUGACCUUAAGCCACGUAGCGCCAUCUGGAAAGUUGCUGACUACGCUGUCAUUGUUCUGUUUGUCCUGUCCUUGAUAGCAGCACUGUUCUUAUUUCUGGAGAAGUUCAUUGACCUUGAUGAAUUCAAGAAACAAGCAUUCCCCAACUUUGCCGUACUACAGACCCGCCUGGAGGAUGUGCAGCAGAACCUACUGGAGUUAGCUUCUAACGGAGCUGGUAGAAUAUCAGAUGCCUGGCUCUAUCUCAUCGAACAGGUCAAGGGAAGCGCAGAAGCCAAGGUCGAAACUAGCCAAUCCAAGAUAUGA